UCCGCGCCGCCCUUUUUAUUUACCAUAUUAGCAAUUAGCUAGCUAACAACUAUUUGUUUUCCCGUGAUUUAUACGCGCUUUUGAGAUAAUCAACGCCACCGCUGAGGUCCACGAAGGAUUUCAAAGGUAAUACAGCUUUUCAAUGAUUUUACCGUCUGUAUGUGCUCCGCACAAUGCCAUUUUAUGGUGUGCUUUGCUAAUGUAAUGGCGCCUGGCGGCUCCCUCUCCUCGUCCUUGUCGAAGGGAAAGGUAAGUUGCUAAUCAUGGCUCCCCUUAUCGCUGACGUCCGUUGACGCGGGUACUUGCGUGCCAGUGACUGUGUAUUACAAAAAUUCGCUCAUUCAUUGAGACAAAAGCACAUACUAGCCACGCUAGCUAACUACAAGGCAAAUGUUAAGAAUAGCUGGCUUAUCCACCAAUGUUUAGUUAGCCAGCGAGCUAGCGUUAGCUGGCUGACAUUACCCUGAUUUAACAAAUUAACGUUAGUUAACUAACGUCAUCUAUUGCUAUCAAAACGGUACUAAUUUAUCAAACGUCACUAAGGGUGUGUUCUUAAAUUCAAUCUGGAGUGCCAGAGUGCACUAGUAAAUGCAGAGCGUUCGCUCUGGCUAUCUACUACGAUUUCAGAGCACUCGUCUGAGUGUGCCAGAGCGGAGAAUAACUGAUGAUUUUACCAACGCUCAACACCAGUUGAAUAUGUCCGGUGUUAGUAAACGUCGGCAAAAAACGUAAUUCAAUUGUAGCCAGCAGCACAGUUGGAUAACAGUAAAAUCGUCCGAGUGAUGUGUCCUCAUUUGUGUCUGGAAGUAGCUAGCCAACGUUAGCCAGUUAGCUUGGGUGUUAGACUGCCGUUGUGUUGUCAGAACGCUCGGAUCAACCCUACUCCUUGGCCAGAGCUUCCAGUGCGCGCUCUGAGAGCGAAACGCUGAAUUUACGAACGGACAAUCUGACAACGCUCUGAGUUUACGAACGCCAAGAGCACACUCUGAGGACCCUCUGGCACUCCAGAUUGAAUUUACGAACACACCCAGAUUGUCCGUUCAUAAAUUCAGAGUGUUUCGCUCGCGGAGCGUUCAGAGCGCACACUGCUGGUGCAACAAUUUAAUUAUGCCCUUUUGCCGACGUUUACUGACACCGGCCAUAUUCAAGGGUGUUGAGCGUUCGUAAAUUAAUCAGUUAUUCUGCGCUCUGGCAAACUCAGACGAGAGUGCUCUGAAAUUGGAGUAGAUAGCCAGAGUGAAUUUACGAACGCACCCUAAUUUGCCUAUCUAGUUAGCUUGUAUUCAAAUUAGAGGAUGCUGUGUAACGUUAACUAAACGCUCACGCUGCUCAAUAACUAGCUAGCUAACAAUGUUUGCAUAUUGUGAACCGGGUUCUCGUGCGUGAUUACGGUAGCUAGCUAGCUAACGACAUUGGUAUUUGCCUGUUGACCACACCAAUUAGCCAGCAAGCUAUGUUGAGCAGGAAAGACAACGCACUUGGCUAACUAGCUAACGUUAGACCCCUAGCUAACCAAAAGUUAUAGCUAGCUAGCUACCACAAGUUAGUAUUUAGUGCUGUCAGCCUUGUAACUAGCUAGCUACUGGUACGUUGUACUGAAUGUUCAAUCAUGUCUUUAGUGAGACCAUAUCCUUGGUGAGACAUGAUUAGCUAGCUAUAUGUUUUGUUCAAUGGACACAUAAAUAUAUCCUGGUGGAUGUGCAUAGUAAUUCUAGCUAUGGUGAAAAACUAGCUAGUCAAUACUUUUUUAGGUGUGAGGGAUGGGUGACUAUCCUCUGUUUCCAUGGAAAUGCUCAGCCUGUCCAGUCAGUGGCCACCAUAAACCUUUAUUUACAAAAUAGACAUGCCAGAGGGCUCUGUCCAGUGCCCAUACACACUAGUGUCCCAUCAGGAAAUCUUACCUGGUUUACCAGUUAGUUCAUCAAGCCUUUUCUUACUGAAUGACAGACUAGCCAAUAUGUCUUAACAAAUCUGCUCAAUGUUCUGUAAUAUCUGAUAUCUGAGUCCCCUGUAGCUCAGUUGGUAGAGCAUGGCUCUUGCAACGCCAGGGUUGUGGGUUCGUUUCCCACGGGGGGCCAGUAUGAAAAAUGUAUGCACUCACUAACUGUACGUCUGCUAAAUGAUUAAAAUGUAAAACAUUUAAAUAUCUGUAUUUUAAUGUGUUGCAGUAAUCAGUGGUCUUUAAUGUAUCUGUAUAUCUGCCUCCGCAGUGACCAUGGAAGAGGUGCAGAACAGCAAUGGCGCUGAGACACAGACUGUCACCAUCCCCACCACCAUCACAGCCUCCCAGAUCUCACAGAUAGCCCAACAGGUAACAGACAGGCUGAUAUCAACAGGUUAAUAAUGACUCAUUGACUUUCUGGAAGUAGGGGUUAGGAAUGGGAAUGAUAUCACUGACGGCAAUGCACUAUGCAAGUGAGAACUUAUAUAGAGGGCAGUGUGGUGUUACUGUCACAGAGAACAUGAUGGGUCCAUUCUGUGAAUAAUAUCAGCAUGGUAAUGAGCGACUUAAUUACCAGGGUGUCUGCAGGUCCUUUAAGUCUUAAAUUUAUUUAUCUGGUCUAUAUUGUGCCGCUGCUUAAAGACUCACUAUGCAGAAAACACUCCGCCAUUUCCUGGUACAUUACAUUUACAUUUGAGUCAUUUAGCAGACGCUCUUAUCCAGAGCGACUUACAGGAGCAAUUAGGGUUAAGUGCCUUGCUCAAGGGCACAUCGACAGAUUUUUCACCUAGUCGGCUCGGGGAUUAGAACCAGCGACCUUUCGGUUACUGGCACAACGCUCUUACCCACUAAGCUAAAAUUCUAAUAGUUUGCCUAUUUUCAGUUUGACAAAACAAGCAAGUAUAGUGUAGAGAAUCAUUGUACCAUCUACACUGCUGUGAAAUAUAUUUUCCAUAACCAAAAAUAUAGUACUUUCAGCUGUUUGAAGCUGGUGUACAAAACCAAAAUUAAAGACGCAAAAAUGAAACUUAAGAACGGGAAGCAUAGAAAUAGCGCACAUAGAAUAGAUCUACCGCUUAGACUUGCUUUCAAUGAGAACGACAGAUCUAUAACACACUUCUAUGUGAAUUUGGUCAGGUCGCCCAAAAGGUUACAUAUUGCAGCUUUAAUUGUUGCCACCGCGGCAAAAAAAGAAAAACAAUUGGGUCAUUCUUAUGACUGACAUUUUACUAAAAAUCCAUGUAAUUUUUUCACAAAUUCCUCAUGGAUCACUGAGAUUAGGAUCUAUUUAAUAAUUGUAUUUUUUUUUAAAUCAGAUAUUAUGCAUUUUACCACAAAUUCCACAAAAUUCUUAUUACUGCAACAGUUUUCGAAGUACCAAAAAGUAAUAGACAAAUCCAUUUUUUUUUACUUUUAUUUUUACAUUGCUUCCCCAAUGAAAUGGCCAGAGUUAAACAUAACAUUGACAUUUUUUUAAUUUAAACUUAAAUGACCUUUUCCCAAUUUGAGCUUUUUAGCCGUUUCGGUAAUGAGAAGGCCACAAGUGGGGUAAAGGGGGGUGUUUGAGAAUAAGAAACUCAUUCUGUAGGCAUAUAAGCAAAUUCAUUAAAUUAACUUUUCUCAUCUAAGGACUACUCUAGAUGAUGGUUCAUGGGUGUAUAAAAGUUUUACUAUUGGUUUUGUAACUCUAUUUGCUACAGACAUGUUUAAAACUGGUUUCAUGAGAAUCACCCAGUUGAACAUCAACUCGAGGCGCACUUUCAAGUUGUUAGAGAGCUAUCCACGUGCGCCUCUGUGUGUGCACAUCAUGUGCGAGUCGGGCUGUUGCCAGAGGAAAGAAAGAGCGCAAGGUAGCCUCUACAAUUUGAAAGACAACAACAGUAACUAAAGCUGGGACAAUAAACUGACAUUGCCCUCCUCUUACCAAAGCAAUUUUGCUUGCUUCGGUAAUUUCAGUGAUUGGGCAACCCAGUGUUCCUGCAGAUUUUUGUUUUGUUUAUAAAACCAUUAUUUGGCCAUUAUUUGGUCAACAGUAAUGUGCAUUAACCUGCUUCCCGCAAUUAUAAUAUCUGCCCUUUCCCUGUUUUGCUGCUGGCUCUGACUCCCGCUCCCCCCUUUGCACAAGGAGUAAAGGGAGAGAUCCAUUCUGAUAAGCACAAGCAUACUGACAGUUAAGCAACAUUUCAAAAUGUAAUUGCGGGAAAGACAGUUUUUAAAACAACUACUGUUGUUAAAAAAUUGUAAAGUCUCAGCGGUGUGAGUAUAACUUUAAUUUCUCAGCUAUCAAUAUAGAGGAAAUAACACCACUUUACAAAUGGAAUAUGUACACUGAACAAAAAUAUAAACGCAACAUGUCAAAUGUUUCAUGUGCUGAAAUAAAAGAUCCCUGAAAGGUUCCAUAAACACAACAAGCUUAUUUCUCUCAAAUUGUGCACAAAUUUACAUCCCUGUUAGUGAGUAUUUCUCCUUUGCCAAGAUAAUCUAUCCACCUGACAGAUGUGGUGUACCAAUAAACUGAUUAAACAGCAUGAUCAUUACACAGGUGCACCUUGUGUUGGGGACAAUAAAAGGCCACUCUAAAAUGUGAAGUUUUGUCUCAAAACACAAUGCCACAGAUGUCUCAAGUUUUGAGGGAACAUGCAAUUGGCAUGCUGACUGCAGGAAUGUCCACCAGAGCUGUUGCCAGAUAAUUUAAUGUUAAUUUCUCUACCAUAAGCCCCCUCCAACGUCGUUUUAGAGAAUUUGGCAGUAUGUCCAACCGGCCUCACAACCGCAGACCACGUGUAGCCAGCCCAGGACCUCCACAUCCGGCUUCUUCACCUGCGGGAUCGUCUGAGACCAGCCACCCGGACAGCUGAUGUAACUGAGGAGUGUUACUGUUUGUAAUAAAGCCCUUUUGUGAGGGAUAACCUCAUUCUGAUUGGCUGGGCCUGGCUCCCCAGUGGGUGGGCCUAUGCCCAGUUGUGUAAUCCAUAGAUUAGGGCCUUAUUUAUUUAAAUUGACUGAUUUCAUUAUAUGAACUGUAACUCAGUAAAACCGUUAAUUGUUGUGUUUUGUAUUUUUGUUCAGUAUACUUUGCAGAUAUGAAACAGACAAUCAUAAUAUCAGUCAUAUCAAAUUCCCAGUUCAUGCUACAAAACCAACUUUAUAAGAGGUUUUAAAAAUAGGUUCUACAUUUACGUCAUUUAGCAGACGCUCUUAUCCAGAGCGACUUACAGUUAGUGCAUACAUUAUUCUUUUUUAUUUUCAUACUGGCCCCCCGUGGGAAUCGAACCCACAACCCUGGCGUCGCAAACGCCAUGCUCUACCAACUGAGCUACCUCCCUGCCGGCCAUUCCCUCCCCUACCCUGGGCCAAUUGUGCGCCGCCCCAUUGGUCUCCCGGUUGCGGCCGGCUACAGCAGAGCCUGGAUUCGAACCAGGAUCUCUAGUGGCACAGCUAGCACUGCGAUGCAGUGCCUUAGACCACUGCGCCACUCGGGAGACUUAACAUUCCAUGAUGGUACUCUAAGGCAUUGUUGGCAGAAUAGAUGGCUGCAGUUCAAUGCAUGAUUCAUAUAAUUCACCAAUAGAUUUCUUGGUAGUCCAAAAAUAUUGCUAUCAGGUUGUAAAUCACAUUUGGUCUGGUACAUUGUUUUCUGCCUCCAUUCGGGAUGCACUGUUUCAGUUUCAAUGACUCAAUAUUUUGUACAACAACGGACAAAUGUAUCUAAGUCUGUGAAUGCCAAUACAAUCAAACUAGCAAGGGCAAUGAUCACAAGUCAGUCAUAACGUGGCUAAUAGCCUAGCAUAUCUAUUUAUGUAGCAAGUUAAAAACACGGCGCCUAACGUUAGCUAGCUGCUAGGAGCAUGUCAUGUAUUUGGAGGAGUGGGUGAGUGACUGACUUUUUCCCCUCAUUGUUUUUCGGUGGCUAUACACAGCUAGAGAUACAGGUGUCAUUUGGUUAGCUAGCAAUAACUUGAACGACUGUUAAAGCCAAUUUAUGCUUGAUCCGAAAAUGUGGUCGGAGGAUCCGUAUGCAGGGUGUGACGCAAUUGCGGCGCCUCCGUAGGUGUGCAGAGGCCAAAUUGAUGGUUUUGAUCAAUAGGACUGUAAAGUUCAGAAUCGUGAUAUAGAAUCGUGAUACCAGGGGUCUCAUUACCUUUCAGAAAUCUGCAUUUUCAAAUGCAGACCAUUUCACCUGUGUUUUAUAUUGAAAGUCUUGGUAUUCUUUUUGCUUCAGUAGGGUGAUUAGGGGCGUGCAACUAUAGUUUUCUAAACACAAAAUACUAGGGCUGUCCCAGACAAGUAAAUAAAAUAAAAAUCAUGGCCAGAGUCGUCCUGUUCUUUCGACUAGUCGAUUGGUCGAAAUGUUUAAACGUAUUUUUCCAUCUACAGUGAGGGAAAAAAGUAUUUGAUCCCCUGCUGAUUUUGUACGUUUGCCCACUGACAAAGACAUGAUCAGUCUAUAAUUUUAAUGGUAGGUUAAUUUGAACAGUGAGAGACAGAAUAACAACAACACAAUCCAGAAAAACGCAUGUCAAAAAUGUUAUAAAUUGAUUUGCAUUUUAAUGAGGGAAAUAAGUAUUUGACCCCUCUGCAAAACAUGACUUAGUACUUGGUGGCAAAACCCUUGUUGGCAAUCAGAGGUCAGAUGUUUCUUAUAGUUGACCACCAGGUUUGCACACAUCUCAGGAGGGAUUUUGUCCCACUCCUCUUUGCAGAUCUUCUCCAAGUCAUUAAGGUUUCGAGGCUGACGUUUGGCAACUCGAACCUUCAGCUCCCUCCACAGAUUUUCUAUGGGAUUAAGGUCUGGAGACUGGCUAGGCCACUCCAGGACCGUAAUGUGCUUCUUCUGGAGCCACUCCUUUGUUGCCUUGGCUGUGUGUUUUGGGUCAUUGUCAUGCUGGAAUACCCAUCCACGACACAUUUUCAAUGCCCUGGCUGAGGGAAGGAGGUUCUCACCCAAGAUUUGACGGUACAUGGCCCCGUCCAUCGUCCCUUUGCUGCGGUGAAGUUGUCCUGUCCCCUUAGCAGAAAAACACCCCCAAAGCAUAAUGUUUCCACCUCUAUGUUUGACGGUGGGGAUGGUGUUCUUGGGGUCAUAGGAAGCAUUCCUCCUCCUCCAAACACGGUGAGUUGAGUUGAUGCCAAAGAGCUCGAUUUUGGUCUCAUCUGACCACAACACAUUCACCCAGUUCUCCUCUGAAUCAUUCAGAUGUUCAUUGGCAAACUUCAGACGGGCCUGUAUAUGUGCUUUCUUGAGCAGGGGGAACUUGCGGGCGCUGCAGGAUUUCAGUCCUUCACGGCGUCGUGUGUUACCAAUUGUUUUCUUGGUGACUAUGGUCCCAGCUGCCUUGAGAUCAUUGACAAGAUCCUCUCGUGUAGUUCUGGGCUGAUUCCUCACCGUUCUCAUGAUCAUUGCAACACGAGGUGAGAUCUUGCAUGGAGCCCCAGGCCGAGGGAGAUUGACAGUUAUUUUGUGUUUCUUCCAUUUGCGAAUAAUCGCACCAAAUGUUGUCACCUUCUCACCAAGCUGCUUGGCGAUGGUCUUGUAGCCCAUUCCAGCCUUGUGUAGGUCUACAAUCUUGUCCCUGACAUCCUUGGAGAGCUCUUUGGUCUUGGCCAUGGUGAAGUUUGGAAUCUGAUUGAUUGAUUGCUUCUGUGGACAGGUGUCUUUUAUACAGGUAACAAGCUGAGAUUAGGAGCACUCCCUUUAAGAGUGUGCUCCUAAUAUCAACUCGUUACCUGUAUAAAAGACACCUGGAAGCCAGAAAUCUUUCUGAUUGAGAGGGGGUCAAAUACUUAUUUCCCUCAUUAAAAUGCAAAUCAAUUUAUAACAUUUUUGACAUGCGUUUUUCUGGAUUUUGUUGGUGUUAUUCUGUCUCUCACUGUUCAAAUAAACCUACCAUUAAAAUUAUAGACUGAUCAUUUCUUUGUCAGUGGGCAAACGUACAAAAUCAGCAGGGGGAUCAAAUACUUUUUUCCCUCACUGUAUAGACAGACCCACCCUAUGUACAUAUGCACUGAGCUUGAGUCUGAUGCUUUAAGCACAUUGUUUGAUUAAAUAAUUUAGACGCACAAAUGACUCAAAGAGCCUGAUGGUCACACUGUGUAAAAAAAAAAAAUGACAGCGAGUGCCUGUGUGACUGGCGCACGUUGUCUCGCUCUCCUCCCUACUGCAGCGAAAAGGCACCACAGCACAGCAGGUGUUUAUUGCGCAACAUCAUUUCAGCUAUUUAGUUUCUUACUUGUUUCUGACUGAAAAGUUCUGUUACCGAAAUCCCUAAUUUGUUUAAGGAAAAACAUUCCUUCAACCAUUGCUCUCUUUACGUGAAACAUGUAAGCAUUGCAUGCAUGUGACCAUGUAGGACCUGUAGCCUAUCAUAAUCACAUCAAUAAAUUGGUUAUAACAAACUCCGAACACAGUAACACGUGACAGCAAAAUGGAUGCGGAGGACGUGAAAAAGAAACUCGAAACAGGCACAUUUUUACUGGUUGCUCAGGAGGGAAAGGGGAAGUCAGAUCUGUGGAAGACAUUUGACUUGUUGUGAAAUCCUUCUCCCUCCAAUCUCCUGAUUCUGCCUCCUCUACUCCCUCUCUGAAUCUUUUGACUCUAUGUCCCCUAUCCUCCCGGCCGGCUCGGUCCUCCCCUCCUGCUCCGUGGCUUGACGAUUCAUUGCGAGCUCACAGAACAGGGCUCCGGGCAGCCGAGCAGAAAUGGAGGAAAACUAGAGACCCCCCCCCCCCAAUACUUUGUAGAGCCACUAUUUGCAGCAAUUACAGCUGCAAGUCUCUUGGGGUAUGUCUCUAUAAGCUUGGCACAGCUAGCCACUGAUUUUUGCCCAUUCUUCAAGGCAAAACUGCUCCAGCUCCUUCAAGUUGGAUGGGUUCCGCUGGUGUACAGCUAUCUUUAAGUCAUACCACAGAUUUUCAAUUGGAUUGAGGUCUGGGCUUUGACAAGGCCAUUCCAAGACAUUUAAAUGUUUCCCCUUAAACCACUCAAGUGUUGCUUUAGCAGUAUGCUUAGGGUCAUUGUCCUGCUGGAAGGUGAACCUCCGUCCCAGUCUCAAAUCUCUGGAAGACUGAAACCGGUUUCCCUCAAGAAUUUCCCUGUAUUUAGCGCCAUCCAUCAUUCCUUCAAUUCUGACCAGUUUCCCAGUCCCUGCCGAUGGAAAAACAUCCCCACAGCAUGAUGCUGCCACCACCAUGCUUCACUGUGGGGAUGGUGUUCUCGGGGUGAUGAGAGGUGUUGGGUUUGCGCCAAACAUUAACGUUUUUUUAUUGAUGGCCAAAAAGCUCAAUUUUAGUCUCAUCUGACCAGAGUACCUUCUUCCAUAUGUUUGGGGAGUCUCCCACAUGCCUUUUGGCGAACACCAAAUGUGUUUGCUUAAUUUGUUUCUUUAAGCAAUGGCUUUUUUCUGGCCACUCUUCCGUAAAGCCCAGCUCUGUGGAGUGUACGGCUUAAAGUGGUCCUAUGGACAGAUACUCCAAUAUCCGCUGUGGAGCUUUGCAGCUCCAUCAGGGUUAUCUUUGGUCUCUUUGUUGCCUCUGAUUAAUGCCCUCCUUGCCUGGUCCAUGAGUUUUGAUGGGCGGCCCUCUCUUGGCAGGUUUGUUGUGGUGCCACAUUCUUUCCAUUUUUUAAUAAUGGAUUUAAUGGUGCUCUGUGGGAUGUUCAAAGUUUUGGAUAUUUUUUUUAUAACCCAACCCUGAUCAGUACUUCUCUACAACUUUGUCUCUGACCUGUUUGGAGAGCUCCUUGGUCUUCAUGGCGCCGCUUGCUUGGUGGUGCCCCUUGCUUAGUGGUGUUGCAGACUCUGGGACCUUUCAGAACAGGUGUGUGUGUGUGUAUAUAUACUGAGAUCAUGUGACAGAUCAUGUGACACUUAGAUUGCACACAGGUGGACUUUAUUUAACUAAUUAUGUGACUUCUGAAGGUAAUUGGUUGCACCAGAUCUUAUUUAGGGGCUUCAUAGUAAAGGGGGUGAAUACAUAUGCACGCACCACUUUUCCGUUAUUUAUUUCUUAGAUUUUUUUUCAUUUCACUUCACCAAUUUGGACUAUUUUGUGUAUGUCCAUUACAUGAAAUCCAAAUAAAAAUCCAUUUAAAUUACAGGUUGUAAUGCAACAAAAUAGGAAAAAUGCCAAGGGGAUGAAUACUUUUGCAAGGCACUGUAGUCUCAGCAAGAGCAGCAAGACUUCGCUCUCACAUAGUCACACAGAGUAUGUGCACGGGUGCGCUUUACAGUGCUACAAACAGAGGAGAAGGAGAGCCUCGCACUUCAAAGCUCUUAGUAGUUGCGGAAAUGUACCCACUACAGCUGUUUACUUUGCAUCUGCGUCACCUGGCUGAGUAUCUUGGACAGGACACGAAAACAAAAUCCAAAGGAUGGGACAGAACAGGAUUGAAAUUCACUCCUGUGUCAUCAUCUAAUCUGACUGUGUUUGCAGAUGUCUCUGGGGGGCUCUCCUGUGACUGUGGUCCAGCUCCCUGGAGGUCAGUUCCAGGUGCAGGGGGUGAUCCAGUCGGCCCAGUCGUCGGUCAUCCAGUCCCCACAUUUGCAGACUGUUCAGGUAAGAGGUGCUCCUCGACAACCAGGAACUAGGCUUGAGCCCAUAUUCACAAAGCAUCUGAGUAGGAGUGCUGCUGAUCUAGGAUCAGUUUUGCCUUAAAGAUCGUAAUGAAUAAGAUGACAUACACAUUGGGGACCUCAUUCUAGAUCAGCACCCCUACUCUGAGAUGCUUUAUGAAUACUGGCCCUGGACUACAGUGCCUCCGGAGGACAUGGAGGUGUCCCCUGUUCUUCUAGCAGACUUUAACCUUUGUUAGCCUUUAGCCUACGUUAUCUUGCCAAAUGGUAUUACUGGUGUAAAUGUGUGAUUGAUGGGCAGGUAUAUCUAUCUUGUACACUGUAGAACCCCCACAUUCUGAUUUAAGUUAAGGUCCGAACAGUCAUUCUGAUUCCGACGUAAAAUAGCCUUUUGAGUGACUAAAACAUCACCCAUAAUAUUUCUUCCUGAUAAAAAUGCUGAAAUUUUAGAUAAAAAAAUAAAAAACUUAUGUCAAGACCAAAAAACUACCAGUAAGCCUGAAAAGACAUACCGAGUGGAGAGGGAGCUAGUAGGCUGAGUGGCUCACCUUGACUGACGGUUCUUUGAAAAUGCCUGUCAAGCAACAUGGAUGCAGUGUUGCAGUGAGAUUAUCUCAAGCAAACUUGCUGAUACACAAAGCAACUCAAACAACAUUGAAAUUGCAUGCAACAUCCAAUCCUGUCACACGUCAUGGUUUCACAAAAUAUAUUUUUAUCCAACUGUUAUUGUAACAGCAUCAAUAUAGACAGUGUUGGCUUUAUAAUUUUGCUAGCUAGUCCAAAUGGAAUUGUCAGCGCUGUUUAUGAUGCUAGCUAGUUCAUCUUCGACAAUUUCAGUUGAAACUUUACAGGGUGAGGUCUGGGUACUUUUCAUUAAAUAUAUCAGGGGGUCUUCAACCUUUUCUUGCCCAGCGACCCCCGCCCAGACAAACCGGCGACCCAGGGACCCCCAUCAUAUGUUAGCAAAUUUUUUUUAAAUAAUUAGGGGUGUAUUCAUUACACAGAUUCAGUUGCAAAACAUUUUGCAACAAACCAUAUACUCCAAACGGAAAACUAGUUUGUUCUUUUAUUUUUUUUAGGGGGGUGGCUUUUAACAAUGUAGUUGUCUGCAUAAUUUCCAAUCCCCCAUAUACACUACCAGUCAGAAGUUUGGACACACCUACUCAUUCCAGGGUUUCUCUUUAUUUUUACUAUUUUCUAUAUUGUAGAAUAAUAGUGAAGACAUCAAAACUAUGAAAUAACACAUAUGGAAUCAUGUAGUAACCAAAAAAUAGUUAAACAAAUCAAAAUAUAUUUGCUGUUCUUCAAAUAGCCACCCUUUGCCUUGAUGACAGUUUUGCACACUCUUGGCAUUCUCUCAACCAGCUUCAUGAGGUUGUCACCUGGAAUGCAUUUCAAUUAACAGGUGUGCCUUGUUAAAAGUUAAUUUGUGGAAUUUCUUUCCUUAAUGCGUUUGAGCCAAUCAAUUGUGUUGUGACAAGGUAGGUGUAUACAGAACAUAGCCCUAUUUGGUAAAAGACCAAGUCCAUAUUAUGGCAAGAACAGCUCAAAUAAGCAAAGAGAAACGACAGCCCAUCAUUACUUUAAGACAUGAAGGUCAGUCAAUCUGGAAAAUUUCAAGAACUUUUGAAAUUUCUUCAAGUGCAGUCGCAAAAACCAUCAAGCGCUAUGAUGAAACUGGCUCUCAUGAGGACCGCCACAGGAAUGGAAGACCCAGAGUUACCUCUGCUGCAGAGGACAAGUUCAUUAGAGUUACCAGCCUCAGAAAUUGCAGGCCAAAUAAAUGCUUCACAGAGUUCAAGUAACAGGCACAUCUCAACAUCAACUGUUCAGAGGAGACUGCGUGAAUCAGGCCUUCAUGGUUGAAAUGCUGCAAAGAAACCACUACUAAAGGACACCAAUAAGAAGAAGAGACUUGCUUGGGCCAAGAAACACGAGCAAUGGAUAUUAGACCGGUGGAAAUCUGUCCUUUGGUUCCAACCGCCGUGUCUUUGUGAGACGCAGAGUAGGUGAACGGAUGAUCUCUGCAUGUGUGGUUCCCGCCGUGAAGCAUGGAGGAGGUGGUGUGGGGGUGCUUUGCUGGUGACACUGUCUGUGAUUUAUUUAGAAUUCAAGGCAUACUUAACCAGCAUGGCUACCAUGGUAUUCUGCAGCGAUACACCAUCCCAUCUGGUUUGCGCUUAGUGGGACUAUCAUUUGUUUUCCAACAGGACAAUGACCCAAAACACACCUCCAGGCUGUGUAAGGGCUAUUUGACCAAGAAGGAGAGUAAUGGAGUGCUGCAUCAGAUGACCUGGCCUCCACAAUCACCAGACAACCCAAUUUGAGACUGUUUGGGAUGAGUUGGACCACAGAGUGAAGGAAAAGCAGCCAACAAGUGCUAAGCAUAUGUAGGAACUCCUUCAAUACUGUUGGAAAAGCAUUCCUCAUGAAGCUGGUUGAGAGAAUGCCAAGUGUGCAAAGCUGUCAUCAAGAGAAAGGGUGGCUACUUUGAAGAAUCUAAAAUAUAUUAUAACUGUUUUUGGGUUACUACAUGAUUCCAUAGGUGUCAUUUCAUAGUUUUGAUGUCUUCACUAUUAUUCUAGAAUGUAGAAAAUAGUAAAAAUAAAGAAAAACCCUGGAAUGAGUAGGUGUGUCCAAACUUCUGACUGGUACUGUAUUUAUAUAUUUAUCACACACAGUGCUUUCAGAAAGUAUUCAGACCCCUUGACUUUUUCCAUGUUAUGUUACAGCCUUAUUCUAAAAUGGAUACAAUUACUUUUUUUUAACCAUCAAUCUACACAAUAUACCCCAUAAUGACCAAGCGAAAACAGGUUUAGACAUUUUUGCAAAUCUAUUACAAAUUAAAAAAAUGAAUACCUCAUUUACAUAAGUAUUCAGACCCUUUGCUAUGAGACUCGAAAUUGAGCUACAGUGCAUCUUGUUUCCAUUGAUCAUCCUUGAGCUGUUUCUACUACUUGAUUGGAGUCCACCUGUGGUAUAUUCAAUUGAUUUGGACAUGAUUUGGAAAGGCACACCUAUGUAAGGUCCCACAGUUGACCGUGCAUGUAAGAGCAAAGACCAAGCAAUGAGGUCGAAGGAAUUGUCCAUAGAGCUCCGAGACAGGAUUGUGUCGAGGCACAGAUCUGGGGAAGGGUGCCAAAAAAUUUCUGCAGCAUCGAAGGUCCCCAAGAACACAAUGGCCUCCAUCAUUCUUAAAUGGAAGAAGUUUGGAACAACCAAGACUCUUCCUAGAACUGGCCGCCCGGCCAUACAGAGCAAUCGGGGGAGAAGGGCCUUGGUCAGGGAGGUGACCAAGAACCCCAUGGUCACUCUGAUAGAGCUCCAGAGUUCCUCUUUGGAGAUGGGAGAACCGUACAGAAGGUCAACCAUCUUUGCAGCACUCCACCAAUCAGGCCUUUAUGGUCGAGUGGCCAGACUGAAGCCACUCCUCAGUAAAAGGCACAUGACAGAGAAGAGGUAAUCAAAGAUGCAUGCAUUGACCCCUUGAGUUGUACAACUAUUGCAACGGCAUGCAUGAAAACCUAUCCUACACACUUUUUACCUCCAGCCACUAUAGCUAUCCCAUCGCCUGACUACAACUGACGUCAUCAGAGUGCGCUGCUGAACACUGUAUGCUGGAAACACUCGGUUUGUUAUUUUAACAAAAAACAUAACCAAUCUUUGUUAAACAUAAAUACCGAACAUGUUUUUGCAUGGAUUCCACAUCGCGGUUAGCUUUUACCAGCUAGGACCACUAGUAAUGUCAUUUAUCUGUUUGACCAGAUACAAUGCUAUUUUACUGUAAACAAAUUGACAAACUUUCAGCAUGCUUAUAGAAAAGGACAUUCAACAAGCACAGCACUUACACAAAUGACUGAUUGGCUGAGAGAAAUGUAUGAUAAAAAGAUUGUGGGGGCUGUUUUGUUAGACUUCAGUGCAGCUUUUGACAUUAUCGAUCACAGUCUGCUGCUGGAAAAACGUAUGUGUUAUGGCUUUACACCCCCUGCUAUAAUGUGGAUAAAGUGUUACUUGUCUAACAGAACACAGAGGGGGUUCUUUAAUGGAAUCCUCUCAAACAUAAUCGAGGUAGAAUCAGGAAUUCCCCAGGGCAGCUGUCUAGGCCCCUUGCUUUUUUCCAUCUUUACUAACGACAUGCCACUGGCUUUGAGUAAAGUCAGUGUCUCUAUGUAUGCGGAUGACUCAACACUAUACACGUCAGCUACUACAGCAACUGAAAUAACUGCAACACUUAACAAAGAGUUGCAGUUAGUUUCGGAAUGGGUGGCAAGGAAUAAGUUGGUCCUGAAUAUUUCCAAAACUAAAAGCAUUGUAUUUGGGUCAAAUCAUUCACUAAACCCUAAACCUCAACUACAUCUCGUAAUGAAUAAUGUGGAAAUUGAGCCAGUUGAGGUGACUAAACUGCUUGGAGUAACCCUGGAUUGUAGACUGUCAUGGUCAAAGCAUAUUGAUACAACAGUAGCUAAGAUGGGGAAAAGUAUGUCCAUAAUUAAGCGCUGCUCUGCCUUCUUAACAACACUAUCAACAAGGAAAGUCCUACAGGCACCUAGACUACUGUUCAGUAGUGUGGUCAGGUGCCACAAAGAGGGACUUGGGAAAAUUGCAGUUGGCUCAGAACAGGGCAGCACGGCUGGCCCUUAAAAGUACAAGGUGAGCUAACAUGCAUGUCAGUCUCUCCUGGCUCCAGAGUGGAAGAGAGAUUGACUUCACCACUACUUGUUUUUGUGAGAGGUGUUGACGAGCUGAAUGUACCGAGCUGUUGGUUUGGAAUACUGGCACACAGCUCAGACACCCAUGCAUACCGCACAAGACAUGCCAUCAGAGGUCUCUUCACAGUCCCCAAGUCCAGAACGGACUAUGGGAGGCACACAGUACUAAAUAGAGCCAUGACUACAUAACUGCCUUAAUGUUGCAGGACCCCAGGAAGAGUCGGCAGCAGCUAAUGGGGAUCCUUAAUAAAUACAAAUACAGCCCGCUUGGAGUUUGCCAAAAAGGAACCUAAAGGACUCUCAGACCAUGAGAAACAAGAUACUCUGGUCUGAUGAAACCAAGAUUGACCUCUUUGGCCUGAAUGCCAAGCGUCACGUCUGGAGGAAACCUGGCCCCAUCCCUACGAUGAAGGAUGGUGGUGGCAGCAUCAUGCUGUGGGGAUGUUUUUCUGCGGCAGGGACUGGGAGACUAGUCAGGAUCGAGGGAAAGAUGAACGGAGCAAAGUACAGAGAUCCUGUGCAGUGAUGCUCCCCAUCCAACCUGAGAGAGGUUCAGAUGAUAUGCAGAGAAGAAUGGGAGAAACUCCCCAAAUACAGGUGUGUCAAGAUUGUAGCGUCAUACCCAAUCAGACUUGAGGGGGGGGGGGGGGGGGGGGGGGAACAAUUUUAAUAAAUUUUAGAAUAAGGCUCUAACGUAACAAAGUGGAAAAAGUCAAGGGGUCUGAAUACUUUCUGUGCGCGUGCGUCAUUUGUAUGCUGUAGCGUUAAGAUUUCCCUUCACUGGAACUAAGGGGCCUAGCCCGAACCAUGAAAAACAGCCCCAGACCAUUAUACCUCUUCCACCAAACUUUACAGUUGGCACUAUGUAUUGGGGCAGGUAGUGUUGUCCUGGCAUCUGCCAAACCCAGAUUAAUCCAUUGGACGGCCAGAUGGUGAAGCGUGAUUAAUCACUCCAGCGAACGUGUUUCUACUUCUCCAGAGUCCAUUGGCGGCGAGCUUUACAUCACUCCAGCCGAUGCUUGGCAUUGCGCAUGGUGAUCUUAGGCUUUUGUGCGGCUGCUCGGCCAUGGAAACCCAUUUCAUGAAGCUUCUGACAAACAGUUAUUGUGCUGGCGUUGCUUCCAGAGGCAGUUUGAAACUCGGUAGUGAGUGUUGCAACCGAGGACAGACUAUUUUUGCACGCUUCAGCACUCGGCGGUCCUGUUCUGUGAGCUUGUGUGGCUUACCACUUCACGGCUGAGCCGUUGUUGCUCCUAGACAUUUCCACUUAACAAUAUCAGCACUUACAGUUGACCGGGGCAGCUCGAUUUUAUACACCUGUCAGCAACGGGUGUGGCUGAAAUAGUGGAAUCCACUAAUUUUGAAGGGGUGUCCACAUACUUUUGUGUAUUUAUUUAUUGACUGCCAGGCAAUGUUCAUAUAUAUUGACUAUCAAUGAUGUCAACAAGUUAUAAAUCUUACGUUUGGCAUCUCUCUUCAUGUACAUGACAACUGCGUCUGAGAUUUGGGCAACCGUUCCCCUCCAUGCUGAAAGCGGAAACCUAUAAGUAUCUUUGUCUUAGAUGAAUAUGGGAAACCUUUAAUUAUAUUUGCUGACACGUUGCAGUCAAAUUUUGGCACCAGUAGAUUAGCUAUCUAGCUAUGUAAACCACACCCCUCUGCAACCAAGCCCUCUGCGAUGUUGGUUACAAGGCAGUACUUAUUUAAAUUAGGUAAGAGAAAAGACGUUACCAUUGGUGUAUUCAAAUGAGAUUUUGUGGUAUCGCAAUCCCCUAAAUAAUCCCGCCUUCUGAAUUCAAGUGUUUGACAUGGGGAAGUUGACCAAUAACUUUAUGAUCAAACUUUAUCAAUGUACCAGCAAAACUCAUUUUUCAUGAUCUGGUUUCAUCCAAAUAUCAUGAAAAACAUGAUUUUGACUGUGCAGGACCUUUAAGUAAACAUGGUGUAUGAGUAACUUCUCACGUACCGGCAUCUCUUCUCUUCUCCUCUACUUCACAGGGCCAGGGCUCAGACAGUGAUGACUCCCAGGACUCCUCAGACAGUGGAGCCUCUGCCCAGAAGACCAGAGAGAUACUGGCCAGACGGCCCUCCUACAGGUAGCGGCCACCGCACUGUUGUGUCAAACGCCAUCUUAACCUGUCCAUGUAGUGGUGGAAAGAAGUGUGUGCAGACUGCAGAGGUCAAUGCUGGUGAUGGACUGGGGAUGUUAGUGGCACUCCAGUCUCCUUUUCACCUCAUUUAACACCUGAUCUGCCCCCCCCCCAUCUAUUUUUGGUGUUAUGUUCCAAAAUUUUAAAUGGUACUUUUUACAUUGGAUAAAAGUACAGACUCAGAGCUUCAAAAUGGUAUAUCAUACACUGUAGUUGGAGGAAACAUGGGGAAGUAAUGCUGCUUUAAAAGCUGAUAAAUAUAUAUUCCCAUUUAGGAGAAAAGGGCAUUCAAACAUUUUACUGCGAUUUUCACACUUGCUCUACAUUAAUCCUUAGGAAACAUACUGUAUAUUUAGAAAACAAAUACUUUUACCAAAUUGCCUAAAUGGAUUCUCUGAACAUUAUCACACCAAGUUACCCCAUUAGGCAAGCCAUUUACAGUAUUAAAUUGCCUAUUGUUGUAUAAUAAAGAUAACCUUUCACAUUGAACAGCUACAGUGCUGCUCUUUGUUUAUGCCCAUUUAGUAUCGUUCACACAGUAUUUACGUGUGCUCGCAUCCUCCCUUAAAAUACCUUCACUUGAAAAACGAGAAAGCGGCAAUAGUACCGUUUGCCUCAAAAUAGUCAGAAUUAACUAAAAUAACUCAAGAAAUCUGUCAUUAAUUUUGACUUUUUGCAGAGAAUCUUAGUCACUCAAUUUUACAUUAAGAUGUUUGGUGCUGUAUUUCUAAAGUGAAAACAUUUGCAUGAAAAAUGAUUUGUCUCUCGUUAAAUGACAAACAUUUAAUUGAAGAAUCCCUACUGUUGACCAAUCACAGAAGGGGCGUACACUUCGGCUUCCGAAAUUCAGCUUGCCUCGAGAAAAAUGUGUGCAAGAACAGCCUCCCCAAAAACAUGCCUAAGACCAAAACGAACAAAAACAUCACAAAAUGUUGUCUUAAUAUUUACACAAACUUUUCUGAACGGUUUCGGAUGGGAAGCAUGCGGAUGCCUUCAGCCUUAAAGACGAUAAUAUGCUUAAUCUGGCAAUGCGGUCCGUAGGCUCCGUACGGAUGGUGUGAUGCAAUUGCAGCGCCUCUGAAGGUUUGCGGAGGUCAAAUCAAGCUCCGUACAAUUGCCGCACACCUCCCAAAUAUUUUAACAAUGGAGGGCUCCGUAUAGCUCCACAUUGACAUAAUUGGUUAACUGUAUGUGGGGGCGGUACAUCCUGUAGAAACACACUCACUUCCUUGACAACAGCUCAGGACCCAGUUUCUCAAAUGCAUCUUAGGCUAAGUUAAUUGCUAGAAUCAUGGGAUCCUAUGGUUCUAAGAUUAACUUAGCCUUAAGGUGCUUUUGGGAAAACGGGCACUGUUCUGCGACGCGCAAGAAGUGUAUAUAUGCCCUGACUUCUGCAGAGGCCGCAUCGCAGUAAAUGCUGUAUGGCCAAUACAGAUGAAUCGGCUUUUAGACCCACCCAUCUCUUGUGACUAUGGCCAUGUGCUAAAGUAAAGCAGUGAGGUAGUGCUUAAAAAACAAAGAUUUCAAGAUUAAAAUACUUUAUUAAUUUAUUAAUUAGGGGCGGCAGGUAGCUUAGUGGUUAAGAGCGUUGUGCCAGUAACCGAAAGGUCGCUGGUUCUAAUCCCCGAGCCGACUAGGUGAAAAAUCUGUCGAUGUGCCCUUGAGCAAGGCACUUAACCCUAAUUGCUCCUGUAAGUCGCUCUGGAUAAGAGCGUCUGCUAAAUGACCAAUUAUUUUUAUUUAUUAUUUAUUAAGUGCUAAAGGCAGUAGCCAACAAUUAGGACAUUCUUAACACACAAACACAAAGGUAAAAACACUAUCUAGACCUAGGCCUAUAUCAUAAGAUCCUUUGAGUAACUUUGGUUCAGGUUAUGGUAUGAACAAAGGAAUCUAGCCUGAGAGCAUAUUUCUGUCCUGCGCUUUGGAGCAAGACAUGUAAUGUCCAUAGCCUUUUCAUUGCAAAAGUCCUGAUCUUCUCAAAAAUACAUGCUUGCUGGGGGAUGCUUGCACAUCUCUGGGAGGAAGGACAUCAACGUGGAACAGCAGCUGAAACCUGGUGCCAUCUGAGUGAAAGCUCCUUGGCCACAACAACUCCAGGCUCCAGACAAUUGAAGCUGUAAAGGAGGAAAGCAGGCAAAAAUAGACAAAACAUUGCAUGCAAGCUAUAACAUUAAUUGUCCCCAAGUUCAAGCGAUAAGUACAAAGACAAAAUACCUGAAGUGUUUCUUGUUCGCCCUCGUUCAUCUCCAGAGAGCAGGUUUAUACUGAAAGAAAAUAUCCAAAAAAAUAAGUGAAAACAUGAAUUCAUUCAUCUCCUAUAGCUUGUUAUUGCCUGUUGACUGCUACAGCUGUACUAAAAUGCCCUGUACACUCAACCUGCUUCCAGCCAAACAAUUGCAAUGCGGUCACUACAAGAUAACUAAAUGGAUUUAGCAAACAUUUAACUUCAUAAUUACCAGCUAGUUGAACAUGAAGUUAAGUUGCGUCAAUUCAAAUCUGGUAUUAGGAACAAAAGAGGUCAAUACACGUCUUCUAAAAUAGACUAGUAUUUUAAUUAAUGCAAAACACUUCAAUGGUAAAUAUGAUGUUCGUAUAUACGGGUCCACUGAAAUACCACGCAGGGCACUCAGAGAACUAAGCCAUUGUUAUGAGUUCUUCUUAAAAUACUCUGACAGAGAUAGUUCCCGCUCCCUGCUGGCCAAUCAGAGUAGAGACUGAGCGUGGUUUAGACUUACUCAGCCAAUCGUUGGCGCACAGGCUGGUCCCUGUGUCUGUGAGAAAUACAAGUCUUAUCUCAUCCUACCCCCUAACGUUCCUCACAUGAAUCACAGCUUGUUAUGUGAAACAAUUUAUAUCAGUACAGUACAACCCUUUUAUGUUUAAUCAUUAAUGCAUUCUUUCUAAGCUAGUCAUCACAUCUAGAUCCCCACAAAUCCAAUGUCGAUAGCUAGCUAUUUAGCCAUUUCAUCGUGGCUAGCUAGCGAACUUAGCAUGUCCCUAUCACUUAACAUGGAGUUUGAUUAGCUUGCUGUUUGAUUAGCAUUCGCACCACAGUGGCUAUUUUCGGUAGCUAGCUAGGUAAACAUGACAGACUGACAAACAUGACAAAGAUUAUCAUUAUGUCAUGCAUGGCUUGGCACAUCAGCAAUCAACAUUAAGAGCAGAAUGCAACUGGCCAGCUCAGCGAGCUAGCUGGCUGUAACGUUACCUGUAUGCAACUGGCUAGCUAGCUAACAAUAGCAAAUGUAGAGUGCAUUUGGAAAGUAUUCAGACCCCAUUGACUUUUUCCACAUUUUGUUACGUUACAGCCUUAUUCUGAAAUUGAUAAAAAAAUAUAUAAUCCUCAUCAAUCUACACACAAUACCCCAUAAUGACAAAGCGAAAACAGGUUUUUAGUCAUUUUUGCAAAUGUAUUAAAAAUAAAAAAAGAGACCUUAUUUACAUAAGUAUGAGACUCGAAAUUGAGCUCAGGUGCAUCCUGUUACCAUUGAUCAUCCAUGAUUUGUAAAGGCACACACCUGUCUAUAUAAGGUCCCACAGUUGACAGUGCAUGUCAGAGCAAAAACCAAGCCAUGAGGUCGAAGGAAUUGUCCGUAGAGCUCCAAGACAGGAUUGUGUCGAGGCACAGAUCUGGGGAAGGGUACCAAAAAUGUCUGCAGCAUUGAAGGUCCCCAAGAACACAGUGGCCUCCAUCAUUCUUAAAUGGUAGAAGUUUGGAACCACCAAGACUCUUCCUAGAGCUGGCCGCCCGGCCAAACUGAGCAAUCUGGGAGAAGGGCCUUGGUCAGGGAGUUGACCAAGAACCCGAUGGUCACUCUGACAGAGCUCCAGAGUUCCUCUGUGGAGAUGGGAGAACCUUCCAGAAGGACAACCAUCUCUGCAGCACUCCACCAAUUAGGCCGUUAUGGUAGAGUGGCCAGACGGAAGCCACUCCUCAGUAAAUGGCACAUGACAGCCCGCUUGGAGUUUGCCAAAAGGCACCUAAAGGACUCUCAGACCAUGAGAAACAAGAUUAUUCUGGUCUGAUGAAACCAAGAUUGAACUCUUUGGCCUGAAUGCCAAGCAUCACAUCUGGAGGAAACCUGGCACCAUCCCUGCGGUGAAGCAUGGUGGUGGCAGCAUCAUGCUGUGGGGAUGUUUUUCAGCGGCAGGAACUGGGAGACUAGUCAGGAUCUAGGGAAAGAUGAACAGAGCAAAGUACAGAGAGAUCCUUGAUGAAAACCUGCUCCAGAGCACUCAGGACCUCAGAUUGGGGCGAAGGUUCACCUUCCAGCAGGACAAUGACCCUAAGCACACAGCCAAGACAGCGCAGGAGUGGCUUUUGAGAAGUCUCUAAAUGUCCUUGAGUGGCCCAGCCAGAGCCCGGACUUGAACCCGAUCGAACUUCUCUGGAGAGACCUGAAAAUAGCUGUGCAGCGACGCUCCCCAUCCAACCUGACAAAGCUUGAGAGGAUCUGCAGAGAUACUCCCCAAAUACAGGUGUUGCAAGCUUGUAGCGUCAUACCCAAGAAGACUUGAGGCUGUAAUCGCUGCUAAAGGUGUUUCAACAAAGUACUGAGUAAAGGGUCUGAAUACUUAUGUAAAUGUCAUAUUUCAUUUUUUUUGUGAUACAUUUGCAAACAUUUCUAAACCUGUUUUUGCUUUGUCAUUAUGGGGUAUUGUGUGUAGAUUGAGGUAAAAUAACAAUUUAAUCAACUUUAGAAUAAGGUUGUAACGUAACAAAAUGUGGAAAAAGUCAAGGGGUCUGAAUACUUUCCGAAUGCACUGUAGCGAUCUUUGCAUUUUAACUGUAGACUUACCUGUGUAUGGAUUAUGAUGAUUCAUGGCAGACUGAAAAACUGUCCAAAUUUGAAGCUGCAAGCAGCAAUGCUGGGGUUAAAACUGUGGACCCACUUUGCCGCCAUCAGGACCAAUUGAAAACAUUUGCCUAGGAUGAGCUACUUCAGUACUCCUACAAUGAUGUUAUUAUGUUUUUGAUAUUUACUAUAUGAGACACUUAUUCUCCAUUCAUUUUCCAGUCUCAUUAGUUUGGUUCUGUAGCAUAGAGUGUUGUUUUAGUGUAAGGAUUUUGGUAAUGGAUUAUUGUAUGAGUAAUCUCCUGCGUCUUCCCGGUGGUCUGUAGGAAGAUCCUCAAUGAGCUGUCUGCUGAGGAGGUGGCGUCACGGAAUGAGGGAGAGGAUGAAAACCCUGCUUCCUCUGGCAUGACUUCAGUGACAAUGCCCAACACCCAGACAAUCUACCAGACCAGUAGCGGCCAGUACAGUAAGGGUUGACCUACUACAUAGCACUAAAACAACCACACAACACCGUCCUACCAGUGCACCAUUUUGUCACUAUAAAUAGAUUAUACAGUUGGAUAUUGUUAGAAUUGGAGGCACUUGUUGAGUAAGUAAGGGAUCAUCAAUCAUGGGCUACUGUAACAUUUUUGCUUCCGUCCUUCUCCUCGCGCCUACCUGGGCUUGAACCAGGGACCCUCUGCACACAUCGACAACAGUCACCCUCAAAGCACUGUUACCCAUCGCUCCACAAAAGCCGCAGCCUUUGCAGAGCAACGGAAACAACUACUUCAAGGUUUCCGAGCGAGUGACAUCACCCGAUUGAAACGCUACUAGCGCGCACCGCUAACUAGCUAGCCAUUUCACACCGGUUACACUACUACAGUUUUGUGGAAAUAUACCGCACCGCAGGGGAAAGGGAGUGCAAAAUGGCUCCCGAGGUGUGGUCAUGGUGUGUGUGCUCCCGAUCAUACUCAAUAAUGUCUGUGUGUUGACUGUAUGUUGAUGGAUGAAAUACUCCUGUUAAACUUUGAUUUGGAAGGUGGUCAUUUAUUUGGCAUAUGCACAGGACACAGCGUAUUGUACAAUGAAAUGCCUACUUGCAAGCUCUCUUCAAACAGUGCCUUCCAGUGUGUUUACUGUCUGUAGUUAGUAGUGGUGGGCACUAAUGUCGAUAAUUCAAUUUGAUAUUGAUAUGAAAAUUCACACUAUAAUGUAAAAAAUGCUACAUGACUGUUCCCUCCAUGCACAAAUCCCUCAACUUUUCACAGGCUUUCAACUCAGUCAGCCAUGGACGCGAGCAGAAAAGUGAACCUUCACACAGUUGCAAUUUAUUUUAUAAAAAUGGAUAUCGAAUCGAAAAAAUGCAACUGAUAUCGAUUUUUUUUUUCUUCAUAUAGGUGCCCAUCAUACCUAGUAGUUACCUUUGUCCCUAAUGUCCUGUGUGUUUAUUGUCUGUAGUUACCAUCGCCCCUAAUGGCGCCAUCCAGCUGGCCAGCCCGGGGUCAGAGGGCCUCCAGGGGUUACAGACUCUUACCAUGACCAACUCAGGCCAACAACAGGGCACCACCAUCCUACAGUACGCUCAGACGCCCGACGGACAGCAGAUACUUGUGCCCAGCAACCAGGUGGUCGUACAGAGUGAGUAUGGCUUCAUGACUCACGGUAAGCUUCGAGACGAUACCACAAGGAGUAGUACCCAGGAGUGCCUGCUAAUCCACCCCCCCUCCCCCCUUUAUUUUGUGUUGUCACUAAAGUUUCUCUGAAGGUGUGUAAAUAUGCACUGGUCCCAGCUUGCGGUCCACAUUGUAAUGUGUUGAGAUUAUAAAGAGGAGAUGCCCUCAUCUACUGUUUUGAUUGGCCCCAUCCCCCUCAGAUGCAGGAGGAGAGAUGCAGACGUACCAGAUCCGCACGGCGCCCACAGCGCAACAGACCGUGGUCAUGACUUCCCCUGUAGGAAUAUCUGAGCAGAAGAGUGGCGACCCCACCAUGAAGAGAGAGAUCCGCCUCGCCAAGAACAGGUGUGUGUGUGGGGAUAAGCAUGUGGUGUUACUGUGUGUGUGUAUAAGGAUGUGUUGUGACAGUGCACAGUUAGUCCCUUUGUCUGUUUGUGUGUGUGUGAACCUUAAAGGGCAACUGAACACAAUAACCAACUUCUCUGGUUGGAAAAGGCCUAUGUGUCAUCGAUAUUAGUCAGAAACAUUUAUUCCAGCACCAAAAUGUUCUAAAGUUGAAUAAUUUUGGUCAUAAAGUCAGUAUAUUCCAAAAGUGUUUUGUGAGAUUUGUGUAACUGAAGAUGUCACAACUUACAUGAGGGUUGGGUUUUGAUUUCAAUCCUGCCCACACAGUACCGCUGCCUGGCACAGUAAUGACGGCUGGCAGUAAUCAAAUCAUCUGGAUCACAGCUGCCUGGUGUGCUGUAGUGCAGACGUACCAGAUCUACUACAGCACAAUUGGAUAGUCACCAGACUCAAUCUACAACCCGCCCACUUAUUUACAGACAACCAAAGUAACCAUUAGCACACAGCGCCUCAGACAUUGUCGCAAAUGUUAUGUUGAAACAACGAGAGUUGUUCUUUUAUAUAAGGCUUGGGUUUUUUCCAACUAAAACAUUCACAUUCUUGUGAGCUAACGUUAGCAUCACAAAUUCUACUUUUAUCAAAGAUGGCAACAUCUAGAAAGCAGGAUGCUCAAAGCAUGGAAUUCCCUGAUCAAUCUCGUACACGUUGCCAUGCUGUGUCACGCGGUUGUUAAGCCAUCCGGUGUGGUGGCCUGUUUGGGAUUGUGACCGAAUAGGAACAAACAACAUUACUGCAAGGAUAUGAUAUAGCGAACAUAACACACCCACAUCGAACCACACCACUAAGACUGAAAUCUUGUUUUUUUUAAUGAGCAACAGAAAAACACAUGGAGAAUCGAUGAGUUCAGUCGCUCUUUAAAUGUAAUCCUCUAAAGCAGUUUUCUGUGUUUCUCCCUGGCAGGGAAGCGGCCCGUGAGUGUCGCCGGAAAAAGAAGCAAUACGUCAAAUGUCUGGAGAACCGCGUGGCGGUGCUGGAGAACCAGAACAAGACUCUCAUUGAGGAACUCAAGACGUUAAAGGACCUGUACUGUGUCAAAACAGGAUAA